AGCGUGACAUAACCUCAAUAUUCAAUGUUUAACAGUUGCGCAUUUUCUCUGAUUUUCCUUGUAUUUUCGUGAAUUUUCAUCCCUGACAUGCUGAAAUUAAUCUCCAGACUCUCGUCGAGGAGUCUCUUGAAGAGAUCCACAGUAAUCAGUGUUGAAAUCACUCAGAAAUCACAUCUUUCCGACAAGCGUCCAGCGGCUUUGCGAAGCCGGAAGGCAAAAUCGAGUACAAAGGAGGUGCAAUACUUUGUCGACGCGAAGAGGGUGAGAGCGAUUGGCGGCAAAGGUGGAGAUGGCUGUAUUUCUUUUUUGCAACUCUGGGCGAAUGACAAGGCGGGCCCGGAUGGGGGCGAUGGAGGAAACGGGGGCCAUGUGAUCUUCCAAGCGUCGAUCGGAGUGAGGGAUCUGCAGAACGUGGGCAGUGUCGUGACUGGAGAGAGUGGCGAGAAUGGGCGCAACAAGGAUUGUCAUGGAGAGUGUGCCAAGCACACUAUUGUUCCUGUGCCGCUGGGGACGAUUUUCCGGGACUUGUCCGGACAGAUUGUGGGUGAUCUGGGGCGCGAAGGACUGAUGUUCAUCGGAGCGAGAGGUGGUGCUGGUGGGAAAGGGAAUCACUUCUUCAUAUCCGACACAAUUCAGGCGCCAAAAGUCUGCCAAUAUGGCGCCGAAGGGGAAAACAUUUCGUAUCAGGUGGAAGUGCAGAGCAUCGCUCACAUCGGCUUACUGGGCAUGCCGAAUGCCGGAAAGAGCACCCUUCUGCGUGCCAUCACGAGGGCGCGGCCCAAGGUUGCUCCCUAUCCCUUCACGACGCUGAAACCUCACCUGGGAAUUGUGCACUAUGACGAUUACGUCCAGAUCGCAAUUGCCGACCUGCCCGGACUCAUUCCUGGCUCCCAUCGCAACCGAGGCCUGGGCAUUCAAUUCCUGAAGCACGUGGAGCGCUGCAAUACACUGCUAUUCAUCCUGGACGUGUCCGUUGUGGAGCCUUGGCAGCAUUUCGAGCAGCUGCAGUUUGAGCUGAGUCAGUUCAAUCCGGACCUGCUGAAGCGCACGCAGAUCAUCGUGGCCAACAAGAUUGACCUGCCAGAGAGUGAGGAGAACCUGAAGCUGCUGCGGCAGCGCGUGAAGGUGCCAAUUCUGGAGAUCAGCGCCAAGAAUGGCACGAAUCUCAACACGCUUCUCUCCAAGAUCCGGGAAAUCUACGACGCGGCUCAGGAGGAGGCAGAAAAUCAGGCUUCUGGUGAAUAAUAUUCCCUAUUUACACCUUGAUUGACAUUGAUUUGCUGGACAGACUGAAUAGAAGGAAUUCUUUGAU